GGGCGGUGAACGAAACAAAGAGCUGAAAGCAAAAAUGAUUCUUCACACGAAACCAGCCACCACCGGUGUGUCCAGCUCAAACAGCUGUGGGUGGCAUCAAGGCCCAGAUCUCUCCAUCACGCCCCCGGAGCUGGCAUCUCUGCUCCAGCCUGACGCCGGGAUCCGGGUAGCAUCUGCUCAAGGAACAGAGAUCCAAUCUGCCGUUCUCCCACAGGGGAGACGAAACCCACCCCACGAAGCAGAAAAAAAUAGCUUCCUUCAGCAACUGUUCCAUAUGGAGAGUUGAAUUCCUCUUUGCUCGCCUGAAAACAUUUCCCCCAGGGGGGGAAAACAGAAUAUUCUUAUUUUCCUUUCUGCUGAAAACUUUGCAGGAGGGAAACGGUUCCUGGGGAACUCACUAGAGUUUCCCUGGAGGAUAGGAGGUGGGGGAGAAGAGAAGAGGAUCAAAAAUGGGGACCCUCCCCCCAAAAGAACGGCAUCCAUAGUCGUCAGAGACCUGACAGCACCAUGGAUUUCACUGUGGUCUUGGUCUUAGCUCCUUCCUACUUCUUCCUUCACCUCUUCUCACUCAAUCAAUCGUAUUUACUGAGCGCUUACUGUAGACAGACUGGACUAUCCACUUGGGAAGAGCUGGAACUGAACACCAAGUGCGUGGUGGAGAUGGAAGGCAACCAGACCAUCCUCCACCCGCCCCCCGCCGCCAACACCAAACAAGGAGAAAGAAAACCACCCAAGGUGUUUGCCUUUGAUUACUGUUUCUGGUCCAUGGAUGAAUCCAACACUACAAAAUAUGCGGGACAAGAUGUGGUGUUCAAAUGCCUUGGAGAUGGAAUUCUUGAAAAGGCCUUUCAGGGAUAUAACGCUUGUAUUUUUGCCUAUGGACAAACAGGUUCGGGAAAAUCCUUCUCCAUGAUGGGCAGCUCAGAGCAGCUGGGACUUAUCCCCCGGCUGUGCUGUGCCUUGUUCCAGAGGAUCUCCUUGGAGGAAAACGAAUCCCAAAACUUUAAAGUCGAAGUAUCCUACAUGGAAAUCUAUAACGAAAAGGUCCGGGAUCUUUUAGACCCCAAAGGGAGUCGGCAGUCUCUUAAAGUUCGAGAGCAUAAAGUGUUGGGUCCCUAUGUAGAUGGCUUAUCUCAGCUGGCUGUCACCAGCUUUGAGGACAUCGAAUCGCUGAUGUCAGAGGGCAACAAGUCGCGAACCGUGGCCGCGACGAACAUGAACGAGGAAAGUAGCCGGUCCCACGCCGUCUUCAACAUCAUCGUCACCCAGACGCUGUACGACCUGCAGUCCGGGAACUCGGGAGAGAAGGUCAGUAAGGUCAGUCUGGUGGACCUGGCUGGGAGCGAGAGAGUGUCCAAAACGGGAGCCGCUGGGGAGCGUCUGAAGGAAGGCAGCAACAUCAACAAGUCUCUCACAACCCUGGGACUGGUUAUCUCAUCACUGGCCGAUCAAGCAGCCGGGAAAGGGAAGAGUAAAUUUGUGCCUUAUCGGGAUUCAGUCCUCACCUGGCUCCUCAAGGACAACUUGGGGGGCAACAGCCAAACUUCCAUGAUCGCCACCAUCAGCCCGGCGGCGGACAACUACGAGGAGACCCUGUCCACGCUGCGAUACGCCGACAGGGCCAAGAGGAUCGUCAACCACGCGGUGGUCAACGAAGACCCCAAUGCCAGAGUCAUCCGAGAACUCCGGGAGGAAGUGGAAAAGUUGAAGGAGCAGCUGUCCCAGGCCGAGGCCAUGAAAGCUCCAGAGCUGAAGGAAAAGUUAGAAGAAUCCGAAAAGCUGAUCAAAGAACUGACGGUCACCUGGGAGGAGAAGCUGCAGAAAACGGAAGCCAUUGCACAGGAGAGGCAGCGGCAGCUGGAGAGCAUGGGGAUUUCCCUGGAGACUUCUGGCAUCAAGGUCGGGGAUGACAAGUGCUACCUGGUGAACCUGAAUGCGGACCCUGCUCUCAACGAGCUCCUGGUCUACUAUUUAAAGGAUCACACCAGGGUCGGGGCAGCUACCUCUCAGGAUAUUCAGCUCUUCGGUAUAGGAAUUCAGGCGGAGCACUGCGAGAUAGACAUUGCACCAGAUGGUGAUGUUUCUCUCACUCCAAAAGAAAACGCAAGGUCCUGUGUGAAUGGCACUUUGGUGCGCUGUGCCACCCAGCUCUGGCACGGAGACAGAAUCUUAUGGGGAAACAACCACUUUUUUAGAAUAAACCUGCCCAAGAGGAAACGGCGAGAUUGGCUGAAAGAUUUUGAGAAGGACACCGGUCCUCCAGAGCAGGAUUUGGAUGCAGCGAGCGAAGCUUCCUCGGAGCCGGAUUACAACUAUGAAUUCGCCCAGAUGGAAGUGAUCAUGAAGACCCUAAACAGUAAUGACCCGGUGCAGAACGUGGUGCAGGUGCUGGAGAAGCAGUACCUGGAGGAGAAGCGCAGCGCCCUGGAGGAGCAGCGGCUCAUGUACGAGCGGGAGCUGGAUCACCUGCGGCAGCAGCUCUCCCCCGACCGCCAGCCCCAGCCCGGAGGAGACGACCGCCUGCUCCUCACGGCCCACGCCGCCCGGCACAAGGUGGCCCUGUGGGCCGAGGAGAGAGACGGACUGUUCCGGCAGAGUCUGGCCAAACUCCGGGAGCAAAUUGUCAAGGCCAACACGCUGGUGAGGGAAGCCAACCUCUUGGCCGAGGAGAUGAGCAAGCUCACGGAUUACCAGGUCACGCUCCAGAUCCCAGCCGCAAACCUCAGCGCCAACAGGAAGAGGGGAGCGAUAGUGAGCGAGCCGGCCAUUCAGGUGAGAAGGAAAGGAAAAAGCACCCAGGUGUGGACCAUCGAGAAGCUGGAGAACAAACUGAUCGACAUGCGAGACCUCUAUCAAGAGUGGAAGGAGAAGGUCCCCGAGGCCACAAGGCUCUUUGGGAAGCGAGGGGACCCUUUCUACGAAGCCCAAGAGAACCACAACCUCAUCGGGGUGGCCAAUGUGUUCCUGGAGUGCCUCUUCUGCGACGUCAAACUUCAGUACGCGGUGCCCAUCAUCAGCCAGCAGGGAGAGGUGGCCGGCCGUCUCCACGUCGAACUGAUGCGGGUCACGGGGGUCGUCCCGGAGCGGGUGGCGGAAGGGGACGACUCCUCGGAGAACUCCUCGGAGAGCGGGAGCCUGGAAGUCGCCGACGGCAACGGCGAAGUCCUCCACCGAGCCAGAAGGCUGACCUGCAGGGUGACGAUUAAAGAAGCGACGGGGCUACCGCUGAACCUGUCCAAUUUUGUCUUCUGCCAAUACACUUUCUGGGACCAGUGCGAAUCCACGGUCGCGGCCCCGGUGGUUGACCCGGAAGGGCCCUCCACUCCCAGCAGAGAGGCCCAGUUCACUGUGACGUUCUCUCACUGUAAGGACUACGUGGUGAACGCCACCGACGAGUUCUUGGAGUUCAUUUCCGAGGGGGCCCUGGCCAUCGAGGUGUGGGGUCACAGAUGCGCCGGCAAUGGCAACGCCACCUGGGAGGUCGAUUCUCUGCGCGCCAAGACCAGGACGCUUCGGGACAGGUGGAGCGAGGUCACCCGCAGGAUAGAAAUGUGGAUCUCCAUCUUGGAGCUGAACGAGAUGGGGGAAUACGCGGCGGUCGAACUUCACCAGGCCAAGGAUGUGAACACCGGGGGGAUCUUUCAACUGAGACAGGGUCAUUCUCGGCGGGUUCAGGUCACGGUGAAGCCCGUGCAGCACUCUGGGACGCUGCCCCUCAUGGUGGAGGCCAUCUUGUCCGUCUCCAUUGGCUGCGUGACCGCCCGAUCCACCAAGCUGCAGCGGGGGUUGGACAGCUACCAGAGAGAGGAUGAGGAUGGUCAUGAUAUGGAUAGUUAUCAGGAAGAAGAUUUAAACUGUGUGAGGGAAAGAUGGUCUGAUGCGCUCAUUAAACGCAGAGAAUACCUAGAUGAACAGAUUAAAAAAAUCAGCAAUAAAAUCGAGAAAACCGAGGAUGACACGGAGCGAGAAGCCCGGCUGGUGGAACAGUGGGUGGGGCUGACGGAAGAGAGGAACGCCGUGUUGGUGCCCGCUCCGGGCAGUGGGAUCCCCGGGGCCCCGGCGGAUUGGACUCCACCAACUGGAAUGGAGACCCACAUCCCCGUGCUGUUCCUUGAUUUGAACGCCGACGACCUCACGGCCAACGAGCAGCUGGUCGGCCCUCACGCCUCAGGGGUCAACUCGAUCCUUCCGAAGGAGCACGGGAGUCAGUUCUUCUACCUGCCAAUCAUCAAGCACAGCGACGACGAGGUGUCAGCCACUGCCUCUUGGGACUCGUCGGUCCACGAUUCGGUGCACCUCAACAGGGUGACGCCGCAGAACGAGCGGAUCUACCUGAUCGUCAAGGCCACGGUCCAGCUGAGUCACCCUGCCGCCAUGGAGGUGGUGCUGCGGAAGAGGAUCGCCGUGAACGUUUACAACAAACAGAGCUUUACACAGAGUUUGAAGAGAAGAAUAUCCUUGAAAAAUAUUUUUUAUUCCUGUGGUGUGACGUACGAAAUCGUAUCCAAUAUACCAAAGGCGACGGAAGAGAUCGAGGACCGGGAAACGUUGGCCCUCAUGGCGGCGAGGAGCGAGAACGAGGGUUUGUCGGAUGGGGAGACGUACAUCGAGAAGUACACGCGCACCGUGCUGCAGGUGGAAAACAGUCUGAGCCUUGAGCGGCUCCGGCAGGCGGUCACGGUCAAAGAAGCGCUCUCGUCCAAAGCCAGGCAUAUAAGGAGGAGCAUCAGCACACCAAAUGUCCACAACGCAUCUUCCGGUCGGUUGGACCUCUCCGGCUGUGAUGAAGAUGAGAAGGGGUGGUCGGAGAGCCGUCUGGACUCGUCGGAGUGCACCUCCAGUUUUCAGGAUGUCUCGUGCUAUGGCACUUUACCCCGGGAUUCACCACGCAGGAGUAGAGACGGCGGUGGUGCCCCGUCAGAGACUCCUCACGCCUUAAACAUCAGCCCCUUUAAAGCAUUCUCUCCUCAACCACCCAAGUUUUUCAAACCCUUAAUGCCCGUGAAGGAGGAACAUAAGAAGAAGACUCCCCUUGAAACACGGCCUCUGCUAAGCCAAGAGAGCAUGUCUUCACCUCAGUUGCGUAAGGCUGGCUUGGUUGUGCCCUCGGGACGCAAGCCCACCAGCAUGCCCGUAGAAAACAAUAGCGUUCGUGCGGAGAAGACUGACUCGGAAGAAGAAGACAACGAACUGGAGGCGAUGAACAAGAAGCUGAGCAGCCCCCAGGGUUCCCCCCACUUCCGGCCUUACGUCCCCGAGGAGUUCGCCGACUUCAGCGUCUACAACGCCGGCCUGGAGAACCGAGAAUGGUUCUCGCCCAAAGCAGACUUGGCGAACUGUCGGGCCCUGGAGAAGGAGGUCUCCCGGAGCCCGACGGCUAGCAGCAUCACCAGCGGCUACUUCUCCCACAGUGCCUCGAACGUCACCCUUUCCGACAUGCUGGUCCCCUCCAGCGAGAGCACGGACCAGCUGGCCGGCCACCCGGCGAGGGAACCGGACUCCACCGACCAUCCCGGCCCCCCGCUCGCUCCCGACUCGAGACCUUCCCCGAACAAGGAGCCGACGGAGCCGGAGAGAGACUCGGCGCAAGGGCGGGCGAGCCCGCCGCCCCGCGGAGAAAACAGUGCCUUAGUGCCGCCCCGAGGUGCCACGGAAAAAGCUCCCACGACGCCCUGCAGGACCGCCUGGGGUUCCGGGCCGGAGCCCCGCCCCUGCCACAGCCGGCACGCGGCGGUGGGCUUCCCCCCCAGGGGAGUGACCGUGGAACGCACCUCGGACGUGGUGGAAGACCAUUCGUUCACAGAGUUCAUGGGGGCCUCGGACGCCAGAGGUUUUGACCGGGGGGUGGGCCCGGGGCUCCCCUCCCCCAGAGAGGCUCCAGCAACCCCUGAAGCUGAGGGGAGGCCUGCCUCGGACGCGUCCCGUCCCCCCGGUGCCUCCCCCUCCGUUUGUUCCGGUCAUCCGGACCCCGGGGCCGACAGGAACCGGCUCUCCGACGCAGCCCGAGAGGCCCCCGAGCCCAGCUGGGCGACAACGGUCCCUGCGGCCCCCCGCCCCGACGACUCCCUCGGAAGGAACCACGAGGACGUCUCCGACGGGGAAGACGGCCCUGCGGAGCAAGCGCAAGCCCUCCCCGGGUGGCUGGCGGUCGGGGAGCAGGUCUGCCUCGGCGGGAACAAGAACGGAGCGGUGCGAUACAUUGGGCCCGUGGAUUUUUUAUCUGGCACGUGGGUCGGUGUCGAACUGAGUGUUCCGAUGGGGAAACACGACGGGACGGUGAAAGGGAAAGAGUACUUCCACUGCCAGCCCCAACACGGCCUCUUCGUCCGCCCGGCCCGCCUCGCCCCGGCCAAGAUGAGGAGCGGCAAAACCCCCCGACCUCAGGGCCCCCUCGGCUCCGAGAAGAGGAAAGACCCCUCGUCCCCCGGGCCGUCCCCGGCCUCCUCCGGGGCAGGGACGGCAGCACUUAAUCCAUCCGGGGACACCGCCGCCUCUGCCUUCUCCAGGAAGCAGGAGAACAGGAAAUCCUGGAUCAACUAAAGUCCUCUCCUUCGCACUUAACUCCACCGCGCCGGACCGCUCUGACCGACUUCUCCUCAUACGUUUUUAAUCAGUCCCGACUGAAUGUGUCCUCGGUGGAAUCACGGACCCGACGCUCUAGUCUUUUUUUUUUUUAUAAAUAAGAUAUAUAUAUAUUAUAUAUAUAUAUAUUUGAAUCUGUGUAUCUAGGGUUUGUCAGGAGGCAGACGAGGCUGCACGCUAAAACGCAGAUAGAGCUGAUCUGUAGAUAAUCGUAAGGUACCGGACUCUCUGUUCCAAGGCAACUCUGGGAGAGCUGUUUUAAACGAGCGAGGCAGCGGCAGAAAAAAAGUUUUUAUUGCCGAAGAGAAGGGGCGCGAAGUCCCCGUGUUCGGAGACGGCGACGGUGUGCCGUUCUUUAUAACCAAAGAACUUGUGUUCUGCCGAGACCCGUGCCGUCCCGUCUCAUUUCUCCUGUAUAUAUCCGUUUGAACUGCUGGCCGUACUUCUCUUCAGCAGAGCACCACACGACCUUAUCUGCCCUCUGUUUAAGCACAUGGAAAAGAGCUGACUGCUUUUUUAUGGGGGGGUGGGAGAGGGCGGGCGAAGGGUGAAAUGGGGGGGUUUUUUAAGCGUUUUGUCACCGGGCCGGCCGGGCCCCAUGUGGCGUGGUUGGACGACAGUGCCUGAGGUCGCGUGUUGGACGUAUGCGCUAGUAGGAAUCCGGGCAGCCCAAAUGCAGAGAGCGGUAUUCCUCAGUGGAGGGAGGUAGGGGAGACCCGCUGUUUGGGAUUUGUUGGGGGGUGGGGGUGGGGACUGGGGAGAGAUAGAGACGGAGGUAGCGGUUUUUGUUUUGUUUUUGUAGUUGUUGAAGCGACUCCGGGGGGGCUGGGGGAAGUGUCAGGGCGGGGGAUUGAAUCAGCAUUAAAAUUACCCACCGGCCCCCGCUGCCCCCCCGGGCUUUGCAGGAAACGAUUGGGUACAAGCUGCAUCGCCACCUGGCGUGGCUUCCGCAGGGAAAAUCCUUUUGGAGAUGGGAAUGCAGGAUGUGUGCGUGUGUGCGUGUCUGUGUGUGUCUGUGUGUGUGUGUGUCGGGGCCAGCGUUGGCUAAGAUUCCUCCGUGUAUCUGUUCUGCGGAUAGCUGUAGAAACGUCCCGAGUGUCAAACUACAAAUGUCUUGCGUGUGUGUCUUUUUAAAAAAGAGAGAGGGCGAGUGUAUCCUGCUGUGUCUUUCCCCGACCUCCCUCCGCCCCCGAUAUUUUUUCUUAUAACAGUAAAAUGUGUGCGAUACCUGGGACCUUACUGAAAAGCUGCUGUCUGUCUUACUGAUUUUGGGUCGAGCAAGAUGACCGUAGUAUUCUACAAUGCUGUAAAGAACUGUAAUUUAUAUUCCAUUUCAGCCAUACCGUAUUUAAUUGGUACAGAAAUUUUGUGUUUUAGAAUACAGUCUGUUUUCUUCAGAUUUUA